CGGAAGGGAUUGAAGGAUGUUCCUGACAGACUCGGUGUGAUGUUUGACUUUGUUUAUUAUGACGUCGGCCUGGUCAAGUCAAUUGCGAUAUUGUGCGUUUCGGUUUUAGAGGAACGAUUUGAAACCAUAUGCGUAGGUCGCCCUUCAUCUUUUUUUUCCCCCUUGGGGUCAUGUUGACGUCGUGAAAAAGCGCAGCGUCGUCCAGUCCGUCCAUGGCUGCGCAGCAUGCAGACCUGGCCAGGCCUCCCUCCGCUGCUGCAGGGCACGGCUGGUUUCCUGGCCCCCCGCCACCCACCUACACCUGCACCCUGACCCCGGACCUUGUGGCCAAAGCUCGGGAGGAGCUGCAGGAGAAGCCAGAGUGGCGUCUCAGAGAUGUCCAAGCUCUCAGAGACAUGAUCCUGAAGGAUCAACCAAACCUGCACACAAGGCUGGACGAUGCUUUCCUGCUGCGCUUCCUGCGGGCCCGGAAGUUCGACUACGACCGGGCUCUGCAGCUGUUGCUCAACUACCACGCAGGGCGUAAAGCCUGGCCGGAGGUCUUCAAAGACCUGAAGCCAUCCACUGUGAAACACGUCCUGGACAUGGGCUUCCUCACCGUCCUGCCUCAACCAGACCUCAAUGGGAGAUAUAUCCUGUGUCUCAGACCUGGAAAGUGGAAGCCAAACGACUAUCCCUUUGUGGACAACGUGCGCGCCCUCUAUCUGACCCUGGAGAAGCUGAUUCAGCCCGAGGAGACGCAGGUCAACGGUGUGGUCAUCCUGGCCGACUACACCGGGGUCGGCAUGUCGCAGGCUUCCAAUCCGGGCCCGUUCCUUGCCAAAAAAGUAGUGAGCAUCCUGCAGGACGGGUUUCCCAUUAGAAUCAAAGCUGUUAACAUCAUAAAUGAGCCGAGGAUUUUCAAAGGCAUCUUCGCCAUCAUCAAGCCAUUUCUGAAGGAGAAAAUGGCCGAGAGGUUCGUCCUCCAUGGCUCUGACCUGCGCUCCCUGUACAAGAACCUCCCUCAGUCCGUCCUGCCGGAGGAGUACGGUGGGACAUCGGGGCCACUGGACCUGCUGGCCUGGUCCCGACUCCUGCUGGACUCCGAGGAGGAAUUUGUGGUGGAGUUCUGUCAGCCUCAUCCACUAGAGGGGGCGCUGCUGCCAGACUACAUGCUGUGUGAAGGAGACCCGGAGGAGGACACCUUCAGAGGCCUGCGCUCUCAACUCUACUACUGUUACUGACACCUGGUGACCACUGGGGUUUGAGCAAGUUGCCAAAUUACUCCUGUACACAUGCAUAUCAUCUGAGUAGCAACAAGUAGCAGUUACUCUAUGUAGAGACUCCUUUGUUGACACGGAUAUAUAUAUAUAAACAGUAUAAAAAUCACAAAGCCAGAACAUGCACCUGGUUAGCUCCUGAAGAACCUGUAUGAAACCGUCUGGUAGUGAAGUUAUGACUGUCACAGGAGGAAAGGAUAGAUGAGAAAAACAUGUAUCAAAGGUAUAGAGAUUCUAUAUUGAUGGAUGUAAACACUGCUGCUACAUAAUAGAGCUGCUUCAUCCACCUGACACGUCAGUCAUUUCAUCUUUUUUUCACCGACUGAUGUUUCCACUGCUGCUUUGCUUCUUUCUCUGACUGGCUUUUAAUCUGGAACAAUUCAAAUUUUUGUCGUUGAUCGGUGAAGUCUUCAACGUCUGACCACGACGAGUGCGAGUUGUGUGUCUUAUUAAAUCUUCUAUACAGUAUCAGAGUUGUGUUCAUAGAAUUGAGCAGCAUAGAUCUGCUUGUGUGACUCCAUUUCAGCCUUUAGAUUCUGUUGAAUUCACUGCAGACCGCAUCACCUUAAAGGGUCUUAGUUUUAUACAUCUCAAUAAGCUGCCUUUUAUUUUCGUUUUUCACACCAUUGUGGUUUGUUUUAUACCGUCAUGUAACACAGUUGUGCAAUUUUUGUGUUAUUUAUUUGUGAAAAGUAAAUAUUGCUUUUUUUAUACAGUCCACAAAAUGUUUGUGUGUGGGUGAUGUUGGUUACUUGCAAGGAUGAAAAACACUUGUUUUAGUUGGUGGAUAAAAUACAAUGAAUACUG